UUUAUCUUAUCUUACGCCCCCUUUCCCCCUCUCUGUGUCUCAAUAUUCUCUCUACAAUGGAUUCCCCGGCCACACCCAAAACCCCACGAUCCCGGCCCCGAUCUCACCGAAAACCCCUCCAACCGAAGAAUCUCAACUCAAUUCCCCAGCCCGAAACCCUCCCAAAGCCGAAGCCGAUCUUUGCCGGGGUCGAUGCGGGCAAGGAGAACCGGAGGGAGGCGUCGCUGGCGGAGGAGCUGGAGGCGGCGCGGAGGCGGCGGGAGCGGCUGCGGGCGGAGCGGGAGCGGACGGAGGAGGCGCUGACGGCGCGGGACGCCACGAUGGCGGCGGCGAUCCGCGCCAUGGAGCGGAGGGCGGAGGAGCAGCGCCGCCUCGAGUCGGAGCUGCGCCGCCUCAUCGGCCUCGCGGAGUUGAGAUCCUCUUGCAUGAGGUCCUGCUCAGUUCAAUCUCUGCGAGCCCGAGAAGAAGAGAGGAGGAAACGAGAUGCAGAGCCACAGGAACCAAGCAGUUUAGUGGUAGAUAAAGAGGUGGCAACUCCAUCCAAAGCUCGGGAAGAGGAAAUAGAAACAUAGAUAUAGUAAUAUUUCUCCUUGAUUUAAAAUGUCACCAAAUAUUUGGCAAUUGUUAUUGCAAGUGUCUAUGUAGUUUUUUUUUAUUUUUUUAUUUCCCAUGAUGAGAGUCCAAGUCAAAUUGCUUGUUUGUAAUCAAAAGUUUAUAUGAAAGAUUAAUUCUUU